AUGCCAAACGCCACGAGGUCCUCUCCUAGGCGAUACACCCAGUCGCUCUCCUGCCCGCCCCGGUAUCCGGUACCCCCCGCCAUCGCUCCCAGCAGCAUGCGCUUGGGGAGGCGGUUGUCCUCCAUGCGCAUAACGAAGCCCGCAAAACACAGCCUCCGUUUGCGCACGGUGGCCUCGAUGGUUUCCUCGCAGCCGGCCUGGAUGAGGGCCUGGGCGUAGGACUGUAUGUACUGGGGUAGAAGAAUUCUUUCGUACAACUACAACCAUCCAGGGUCACACCGGAGGAGGUAAACCCCAGGACUUAUUUCUUCCAUGUGUUUUGUCAAAAUGCCCCACCUUCCUCCUGCGUUGCGUGCUGAAUUUUAUUUCUAUCGCGAGAAGGACCAGCCAUCCCUUUCCUCGUCAACUGUGCUAACGUCGAAGUUGGCACUCACGAGAGCUUUUCAGCUAUAUUUCCCUUUCACCCGCAAUCAAACUUAAUUUUUUUUUCACCCCAUGGGGAUUCGAAGUCAAGACCUCUGCGUCUAGCACGACCUCUGCGACUAGCGGUUUACGAGGAUACCACUAUACCACCGGGUUGACCGGUUGCGCAAGGAAAUACGUGCGGCAUGGUCUUCAACGGAUACAGCGGAAAGCAAGUGUGGUCGCACGAAGAAAAGAAGUGCGGCAGACAUUUCAUGAAGGACGACAAGACCUGUGCGCAUAGAUAGACGUCGUGCGCGGUGUACGGUCGGCGGGAAUUGAUCGACGGUUGUCAGGUUAUUUGCGGCGGCGCUGCAUUUUCGACUACUUAGAGAACAUGGCAUACCGGAAGGGGCAUGAGCAACACAGCAGUACCUUCCUGCAGCAGCAGCCCUGGCGAUAGACGUAGAAAAUGGCAUGAGGGGGGUUUGGCGAAUAUAAUUUACCACAAUCUACCUGCAGCAGCUUCUGUAGACUAUUUAGGUGUACACCACGUUUUUCUCAUCUUUGGCACAAGCCCUGCGGUCUACGGUACGACUCUGUACUGCUGCACUCUUCGUUCAUGGAUGUAGACUAUGUGUAGACCAUACUUGCGUUGCCCUUGCUCUCCUACGACACCCAGUCGCGCCACUCUGUAUUAUUUCACAUACUACGUGCGUGCGUGUGUAGACCAUACAUUGUCCUUGUUCUCAGUGUGCACACAAAAAUGCAUAUAAUAGUGGAUGGAUGCAUGCAUGCCAGUUUUGGAAUCGGCACGUCUGUGGAGGUCAGGAUAUGGAGAUUCAGGGAGCACAGAUGUUGUUGUUGUUGUCUUCACAUUAAAAACCAUCCCGGUCUCUCUAUCCAGUACCUCCUUCUGUCUCAAUCUCUCCGUACUAAUCCAUCACUUGACUCGGCCAAUUUCCGUGGUCACANUAACUGCACUUGCGGGCCUCGGCCUCCCCCGGGGAGGGGAGGAGGGGGGAGGCGGAGAGAGUUACACGUCCAUAAAGAGUAGGAUCUGAGGGAAUAAGUGAUAAUAGAUUACUGUUCUCCGAGGGUCCCCUUAUGACCCCCAACGGCUGCGAAGAGUUGAUGGAUCUUUAGGAGAAUGGGAAAAGAAGUCCACGAAGGCUCGCCCACUCUCCGCACCACCCCAGCUUGACUGAGUUCGCUCGGUCACGCUUGGCAUUCCUCGCCACAUUGCACCAAAGGAAAUAGCCAAACUCCGGUGGCAGGACAUAGCAACCAUAACCAACCCCGGACUAUCCGCUCAACUCUCCGCUCACCACCCAGAGUAGAGGGCAUCCAUACGCCUCAAUAAUACAUCACCUUCAGCUCGACUGGGAUGCACAUGCGCUCGGCCACAUCUUUCUUGCGCAUGGGGAACCACUUCUACUUCUUGACCAGCUCCAUGAGCUCGGUGAAGAACUGGUAGGGGAUGCGGCAGCGCCUCCGAAAAAGCGUGGCCUCUCUUGACGCUUAUUCCUUGAGGCCCGUCUCGCCCAGCAUGCGCCACCAAAAUGAGGCGCGGCCGUGGAAGAACUCGGCGGGUACGCUUCACGGGGGAGCCACCGCCAAGGCCUUCGUCCUCCAACUCGUCGCCAUCUGGGAAGGACCGCGGGACAACUCGCCGGGUCGCCCAGUAAGCACAGCGCGUUGUUGCCGCUCGCGACGUCUCUGCUUCGCUGCUGCUGCAAGAAGAACAAGUAGGUGGGCAUGUCGUUCGUCGUCGCUGCCGCUGUCGUCGGCCGCACUCGCAUGCUCCAUCGCGCACUCGGUCCAGUCUGUGCUGGGUGCUGGAAAGCUCGUGCACACACACGCCACGCUCGGGUGCCGCUCGGGAUGGAUGCGGUGUGACCCCCCGAUUUCGGUGUGUUCGAUCAAAACGAACAACAAUCCGCCGGCAACAUCCGGGCCCGAUUCCCAUACGAAAAAUAUCCCCAACUAUCGUUGGACCCUCGGCCCAGAUGUUCCUAACGAUUUGUUUUUACCCUAAACCCACCGCAUCCGU